CGCCUCCAUCUGAUCUCCCCCGCCCGCUGGAGCGAGGAGCGAGGAGGUGGGGCGGCGGCCAUGGCGGCAAGGGAGGAGCCCCGGAUGGUGACUGGUGCUCUGCUGCAUAAACCUUCGGCGCUUCUCCCAGGCAAGCAACCGUGAUGCGUGGAGCAGCAUUCCCAUGAACAGACUCCAUGAUCCUUAUCUCCCUCCAUUGACCCCGUUCUGAAAUCUCUCCGGUUAGUUGCUCGGGCCAUGCGCUGGAGAAAGGAUCGCUCCUCCCCCUAGCAGUUCGACACACCGAAUCAGCAGGCGGCCUUCGAGCUUCUGAACUCUGAACAUCCUCCCAUUUUCAUGCAGGAUUGUUCAUCCGCCCUGUUCACUCCAUGAGAAUUUGGUGCUCAAUCAUCUCCAGCACCUCCAGGUUGCAGACUGGAUUCAACUUGUGACAUGACACAUGCGGUGUUUCCUAUCCAUUGUCUCAGUUGAGCACUUGUCAUUUGUCAACUGUCAUCGCAAGUGGGACUUCUCAAAGUUUGGUUCUUCCUUUCCUGAAUGAAAAAAACAAAGGAACAAAUUAUUAUCACCAAGUUGGCUGUUAAGAAGCAUAAUAUCGGCUCAGAUCAGCAAUGACGACACAACAUAAAAGCCAGAGAAGACUUUGGCGAAAACGAUGGGAUCGAGCUGUUAGCCAGCAGUCAUGCGUCAUGGUGAUCCUGCUCUUGCCGACUUGCCGUGGCAAUAUAAGUGAAGAUAUGAAACACCACCAGAUUGAGAAUCUAAGAUAGGCUACACAGCAACAUUUCAUCACUGCAUCAAUAAUGGCGUCUGCUGUGACCAGCAGCAGUGACAAUGAGCAGGUCCUCCCUACCAUCGACGCUGACCAAGCACACGCCCUCUUGAGCUCUGGCCAUGGCUAUAUUGAUGUCAGGAUGCAGGAGGACUUUGACAAGGGCCACGCACCGGGUGCUCGCAAUGUUCCCUACUACCUGUCAGUCACGCCACAAGGGAAGGAGAAGAAUCCACGCUUUGUAGAGGAAGUGGCUGCACUCUUUGGGAAGGACGAUGGCUUCAUUGUGGGUUGCAACACGGGGAACAGAUCCAGGUUUGCAACUGCAGAUCUUCUAAACGCGGGGUUCAAGAACGUGAGGAACCUGCAAGGUGGCUACCGCUCCUUUCUCCAGAGUGCAAAUCAGCAGCCAGCUCAACAGCCUUAGGCAUCACCAGUUAAUGCCAGUUCGUGCCUGUCUGUAUUGUUCAUUAUUUGGCUGUCCAUUUCGAAAAGUUUCAGUAAGAGAUCCUGGUGAAAUUCCUGCAUCCACAGGCUGUUGAACUUUGUGAUGUAAUAAACAUUCAUGAAGUAGUGCUCCAAAAAGAAAUGUGAGGCCAGAGGUGAUGCUUGCUAUAUCAAUUUGCGAAUAUAUAUUCUACUGUGGAACAUGUCAUAGUAUAGCAUUACAAGUAAUUGAAGUACGUAAUGACCUUUUUACUACAA